GCAAUUGAAUUUCAAUUUCCACUCCCCACUUAAUAUCUCCGCCCUUCGGCCUCUCAGCUCACAACGCACAACACAUAAUACACCCUCUUUCUCUUUCUCUCUCUCCUGUUCGUCUCUCUUUUCCUCUCAUUUCAAACCCUAAUCUAACCCUAUUUAACCGGAUUCGCCAUGAAAGGAGGUAAAUCCAAGUCAGAAGCCAAGAGCUCAAGGCUUGCUGUGAGCAAGAAGCCUACAAAAGCAGCUGGAAAGAAAGCGGGAAAGGCAGCUAAAGAUCCAAACAAGCCCAAGAGGCCGGCCAGUGCCUUCUUCGUUUUCAUGGAGGAGUUCCGUGAGCAGUACAAGAAGGAGCACCCUAAAAACAAAUCAGUAGCUGCUGUUGGUAAAGCUGGUGGUGAGAAAUGGAAGUCCAUGUCUGAGGCUGACAAAGCACCAUACGUUGCUAAGGCUGAGAAACGCAAGGCUGAUUAUGAGAAAGAAUUGAAAAGCUAUAAUAAGAGACAGGCUGAAGGCCCAAAGGCGGAUGAUGAAGAGGAGUCUGAGAAGUCAAUGUCAGAGGUGAACGAUGAGGAUGAUGAUGAGGAGGGCAGUGGAGAUGAGGAUGAUGACGAGUAGGAAUUGGCGAGGAAGAUAGCAUAGUCAUUUAGGCUGUGACAGUGUUUGGACAACAUAUGUUAAUGUUUUGUGCUUCAUGUUAAUUUUUUUAGAUACUUUUAUCAUGUAAGGAUGA